AUGCCCAUCUUCGACGCGCGGGACCUCCUCUCCUUCCCUGGUGGUGACAAUUCUACCGAUACGAUCAUCGGAGGCAUUCACUUCAAUGCGACGGCCCUCGACCACUGGAACUUCACCUACUACCCUUCGAACGGCACCCUCUCCAACAGCAGCCGGUGCCUGCUCACCUUCGACCCCUACACGCCCAAGUUUGUCUUUGCCAAUGGCUCCUUCAUCAACUCGACCUCGUGCUACAGCCCCAUCAAGUCGAUUGGCGUGCGCGGCGGCGUCGGCAUGGGCUUCACCGUGGCGUUCGGCCUGUGCCUCCUCGCCGUGCUCAUGAACCUACGCAAGCAUGGCCGCAUGUUCCUCCCUGCCUCGAGGCGCUUUUGGCCCAUUGGACGUCGCUGGCAAUGGUACUGGGCAAUCUUUGUGUGCGCCAUGGGCCUCAUCAGCUUGAUCACCAACGUCGACGUGGAUCGGUAUUACUUGCCCGAGAUCCCGAUCGUCCUGCACAGCUUCUUCUGGUAUCUGGUCGAGAUCGGCACCAUGGCGAUUGUGUGGGAAGCCGUGCGCCAUUGGGGCAGCUGGAUGGAGAGGCAAUAUAUCGACCCGGACCCGUUCAUCCUCGGACAGGACGACAAGAGGGCCAUGUUUGAGUUCUGGCUGCCGCUGUUCUUCUACUUCUGGCUAUGGCUGAACUUCUUCUUGAUUGUCCCAAGGAGCUGGGGCCCGAUUGAACUGCAACGCUCCGCCGAGCAGACUGCCGCACGAGCCGUGCCGUCAGCAACGGACGCGCGCUUCAAGGCCGCUGCAUUCUGCCUCUUCAUAUGCUGGCUCACGAUUCUCGUCUCGCUACGGCACUCCAUCAAGCACUAUCGUGAGCGGAACCGGGGCGUCAUCAACAGAGCAGUCGGGCUGAUCCGUUACACGCCCGUCCGCUUCAUGUUGAUCGUGCCUCUGUCCCUAGCAAUGGUGGCCUACCAAGCUCUUUGCUCGUGGCAAUUCCAGUACUCGGUGCUCAACGUCAAGGGCAACAACGCCGCCAUCUUUGCAGGAGGCUUCGCACCCUCCGUCCUCAUCAUUAUUGUGCAGAUCAUCUCCGGCUGGCUCACCCCCAACGAGGACAGGGAGCUGAUCCGCCAGCGACGCCUGCGCGGCAUCGAGCAGGACCGCGACCUCGGCAUUGUGCACAAGCCGGCGUGGUGGCGUCGCGUCAACGGCGAGAACAACGGCAACGAGAGCAUGCGCGACCGCAUCGCGCGCAACGUGCGUGAGAUCGGCGGCGGCCGCGCCACGGCGCGCAACAUCGACCGCAUGGCGGACACGCGUGCCCGCGAGUCGGAGGCGAACGGCGGGGCGCCUAUCGAGAUGGGCGCGAUGCGCAGGCUCGACUCUAACGCCUCCUCAGUGCCGGCCUACGACGCCGCCAGACCGCCUCUCAACCCCUAUUCCGGCAGGUCUGAUCGUCGUAGGUCCGAGCGGACCAUGGAGGUCGCUGCGGGCCUGCUGUUCCCGAACGCGGCGACCAACGCCAGCGCAGAUAGAAGGGCAUAUCUGAUGGGCGAGGGUCCGGCGCCGCCGCCACCGUAUGUGGAUAGGGGCCGCCCACCGACAGCAGAACGGCCGUCCACAACGGAGCGUAGCAAUAGCACCGGCACUACGAACUCGGUGUCUGGGCCGCCUCAGCAGGUGAGAAGUAUGCUAGACAUAUGA